AUUCUGUAAGCUUCUUGUCGGCUUCACCACGGGAGCCCGGGUCCGGUGCCCGAGCGCCCACCCUGCCUGUUCAAAUUCGUCUUCGCGGUCACCUUCGAUCGUACUCUUUUCUUACGACUCUCAUUCAGCUUCGAAAUAUCAGUUCAUCUUCUUGUCAUUCUUUAUAAAGGCCACUGUUCCCAUAGUCGUCUUCCCUUUCUUCGGCCACUCCCUCUCCCUUGCUUCUGUUCCGGAGACGACGAGUCAACCGUUCUGUUCUACGUUUUCCAGGUUAGUCUCUCUAUUCUCUACUGUUCUGUUCUGUUUAGCGUUCAGCGUUUUGCUUUGGUGGGAGCUUCAGUGGUUUAUAGCUCUACAGUGAGCUUGUCAAGAUGUCGGACUCUGUCAACAACUAUUUCUUCGCGAUCGCGGCGGCAACACCGCUUCCUUCCGUCGAGGGCCAAGAACUCACCGGUAACGGCAACCUCGACCCUCCUCGACCUCGUACUCGCUCUCAAGUCUCCGCACUUCGUUCACCUUUCACGGUUCGGCCCACUGUUCUUCCAGCACCCGUUGCCAAGAAGUCAACUACAAAGCCAAGCAAGAAGCGCAAGCCCGAAUUCACCAUCUUCGUCGAUAGCUACGCAGCCAACGACAUUCCGAGGCCCAUUAAGACACCGAAGAGGUCCAAGACCAACAACUUACGCACUCCGCUCAGCGACAGGACCUUCUCCACUGCUUCAACGCCCUCGCCGUCUCCCCGUCUUCCUGACACCCCGUUCCGCUUCUCACCUGCCGACCCUCUCUGGGAGGACUUCGAGAAUUACGAGCCUUACACCGAGACUCCUCCUACGACUCCACUCGGUCCCCCUUCCACGCCCCUCGGUCCCACCGCUCCCGUCGGCCCACCGCCUCCGCUGUCCACACGCGCCCUUCGUCCUCGCCGUGCCCAUGCUUCUUCGGCAGCCAACCUCCUGCCCCCGGUCAACAUGCUCGCCUACAACAUGCUAGGCCUGCAGAACUGGAAGAUCAGCUCCAUCGGUAUCAACCUCGCCUACCGCAAGGUCGCUAGUAGAACUCACCCGGAUAUGGUUGCGCCAGCUCAGAAGGAGCUUGCUACACUGGACAUGCAGCAGAUCAACGCGGUCAAGGACAUGUUGAUGGACAAGGACCUCCGUAUCAAAUACCACCGCGACGGUCUUAUCCCCUGGGUCGUCUAAGACCCCAAGGUGCUGUUGUCACACUGAUGAUACGAUGAUCAUGAUACGACUAUAAUGCUGGGUAUGUGUAAGAGAUACUGGAAAGAGUUGUGUACAGGGUUUUGCCGCCUG